GGCCCCGACAAAGCCCGCUCUCAGCUGCUGAUCAUUGACCGGAGCUUCGACCUGGUGUCCCCACUGCUGCACGAGCUCACCUACCAGGCCAUGGCCUACAACCUGCUCAGCAUUGAGAACAACACCUACAAGUACGAGACGACGGGCAUCAGCGACUCGCGGGAGAAGGAGGCGCUGCUGGAUGAAGACGACGAACUCUGGGUGCAGCUACGCCACAUACACAUCACUGAUGUCUCCAAGAAGGUGACUGAGCUGCUGCACACCUUCUGUGAGAGCAAGAGGCUGACCACGGACAAGGCCAACAUCAAGGACCUGUCCCAGAUCCUGAAGAAGAUGCCCGAGUACCAGAAAGAGCUGAACAAGUACUCCAUGCACCUGAACCUGCCCGAGGACUGCAUGUGGCACUUCAAAGGGACGGUGGAGAAGCUGUGCAGCGUGGAGCAGGUGGACCUGGCCACGGGGACGGACAUGGACGGGGAGAAGAUCAAGGACCCCAUGAAGAUCAUCGUGCCCGUCCUGCUGGACCCCAGCGUGCAGGCCUACGACAAGAUCCGCAUCAUCCUGCUCUACAUCUUCCUGAAGAACGGUGUGGGUGAGGAGAACCUCACCAAGCUGAUCCAGCAUGCCAACAUCCAGCAGCAGAGCAACAUCAUCCACAACAUGCAGUUCCUGGGCACCUCCCUCACGCCUGGGGUAAGGGACUGGGGCCAGGAGCCAAGCGGGCAGCUGCGACCCAAGAGGAAGGUGUGGCUGGAGUCCACCUACCCACUCUCCCGCUGGACCCCCAGGCUCAAGGACGUCAUGGAG